AGAUUGCGCCACUGCACUCCAGUCUGGGCGACAGAGCGAGACUCCGUCUUAAAAAAAAAAAAAAAUCUACUCCCUCAUGCUGUCUGCUUGUGAUCAUCUAGAGGGAAUAUGUAUGAUCAAAGUAAUGUACUACUGGGCACAGUGCCUGGCACAUUGAGAGCACAAAUGUUAGUAGUACUAUCCUUUUUGUAGAAGUUCUACACCGUUUGGCCCCUGCCAAUCUCUUGCCGCUCUAUCCAGUAUUCUUGGCUUUUGCCUGCAAUUUGCCCUCCCCUGUCCUGAGCCACCAACUUUGUCUUUCAAGACAGGUAGAGGGUCACCUGCUGAGAAGCCCAUUCACAUUCUCACUUCUAUCUAAAAAUCUCCCCAGUAACUGUACUACAGAUAAACUUCAUGGCACAGGUUUGAUGCCUGACUUAUCUGUACAUCUCUAAUAGCAACAUCCCCAUCAAGGCCUGGCAGGCUUAUAGCAAACCAACCCCUAAUAAUGUUGGGUGAACAAAGGAGAAUACAUGUAUGCUUUUUUGGUGGUGUCUGUGUGUGUGUGAUUGUGGUGAGUCCAAGUCUUCAUGUGCAGCUCACAGUGUCUCCAGUUGUGUGUGUGAUGAGGGCUUGUUUCCAGGUGUGUCAGAUGGUGACUGAGUGUGGGACUCUUAUCUCUGACAGUUUGUGUCUAAAUCCAAGAUGAGUGCAUGCCUGCGUGGGUCUGUGACAGUGCAUCUGUGGUUUCUGUCUGAUGGGGUGGAUGUCCGUUUGUGUUCCUGCAACAGAUUCUGGGUAGCUAUUUCUGGACAGUUUGUUCCAUUGAUAAGCUGCAUGUGUCAUGGUGUAUGUGUGUCUGUGUCUGAACAGGUCUAUCCAUGUCUGCUUUUGUGACACUGCCACAAAUGUGACUCUAUCACAUCAGUACAUGUCUGCCUUCAGAGCAGUGCAUGUGUGUUCCUGGAGCAUCUGUGUAUCUUCUGUGACAGACUCUGCGUCUCUCAUUUCUGGGACAGUACAAGUCUUGCUGUGACAGUGCAUGUCUGAUGGUGACAGUGUGUUUGUGACAGGUUCUGCCAGUGUGUUUGACGGGACAUUUCUGUGUUAUCACAUGGCAAAUGUAGGUCUGCGUGAGUGCCUUUCUGUAACAGUGUAUCUCUGGGUGUCAUUCCAGGACAUAACUAUUUUUCUGACAGUGUGCCUGCCUGAAAGUGUAUGUCAGUCUCUGGCUGCAUGUGUAUCUAGGUCGUUUCUGUGAAUGUGUCUGACAGUAUGUGUUUGUGUAUAUCCUGGCAUUCAUGUUGUCUUUGGAGUGCAUUUUUCUUCCUGGGGUGUGGCGCCUUCUCUGGCUGUUUUUCACAAAUUUGUGUCAGGGUUGCCACUUGUCUAGCAGCCUCUAUCAUGUUUCUCAGUCCUUGCCUCUCUCAACUCCAAGUGCAGCCCAUGCCACCACCACUCUGGGCUCACCCCCAUCCCCCAAGAACCACCCUCUGCUGUUCUAGAUUCUAGACCUGCUGACUGGGCCCAGGGCUCAGGGUUAAAAGCUCCAAUAAACACUCCCCAGGCAAUGCUGCCUUUGACCAUUGCGCACCCGUGGCGUUGAUGGUGUGGGUUCCCCCUCCCUGGCUACCAGAUAUUUCCAGGACCCUGGCCUCAGCUUUCCAGUGAAGGCCGCCUGGAAGACUCCGGUGAAGGAGUCCGACAAGCACCUUUCGAGACGGGGUCCUGGAUAGAUUCUUAGAAGCCUGGCCUGGCGCUAUCUCUGUGCUAAUAUCCAGGCAGCGGCGGCAAACCAACUUCCCAGGAAAGGAUACUGCGCAGUUAUUUUUUAAGUGUAAAUACACACACCGACACCACUACCAACAACAACCCCGCGCAACAACCAAAACAAGCGCGGUGCCGCAAAGGGAUUCCCAGAACCGGUUUCCUCUUGGUGUGAGCCCCACCUCAAGCCCCCUCAUUUACAUGCAGGCCCCGCCUCCUCGGAAGAACCGAGCGUGUAUUUGCAUAAGGGGGCACUUGAAACGAUGAGGGUGGUAUGCAAAUAAGGAGUGGCUCCGAUUGGCUGUGGUACAGCAGGUGCCGCGUCCGGAUUGAUCAAAGCCAGGUGGGCGGGGCUGUCGCCCAGGGUGACUCUCCCGGGAGGCGCGUGCCCAGGCUCAGUAGCAUUGGGGCUGGCGCGCGCGGCGAAUCUUAACGCUGCGCCGUCUGCGGGCGCUUCCGGACCACCAGUUUCUCUGCCUUCCACCCUGGCGCCCCCCAGCCCUGGCUCCCCAGCUGCGCUGCCCCGGGCGUCCACGCCCUGCGGGCUUAGCGGAUUCAGUGGACUCAAUCUGCGCAGCGCCACCUCCAUGUUGACUAAGCCUCUGCAGGGGCCUCCUGCGCCCCCCGUGACCCCCACGCCGCCGCCAGGAGGCAAGGAUCGGGAAGCGUUCGAGGCCGAGUACCGACUCGGCCCCCUCCUGGGUAAGGGGGGCUUUGGCACCGUCUUCGCAGGACACCGCCUCACAGAUCGACUCCAGGUGGCCAUCAAAGUGAUUCCCCGGAAUCGUGUGCUGGGCUGGUCCCCCUUGUCAGACUCAGUCACAUGCCCACUCGAAGUGGCACUGCUAUGGAAAGUGGGUGCAGGCGGUGGGCACCCUGGCGUGAUCCGCCUGCUUGACUGGUUUGAGACACAAGAGGGCUUCAUGCUGGUCCUCGAGCGGCCUUUGCCUGCCCAGGAUCUCUUUGACUAUAUCACAGAGAAGGGCCCGCUGGGUGAAGGCCCAAGCCGCUGCUUCUUUGGUCAAGUAGUGGCAGCCAUCCAGCAUUGCCAUGCCCGUGGAGUUGUCCAUCGUGACAUCAAGGAUGAGAACAUCCUGAUAGACCUACGCCGUGGCUGUGCCAAACUCAUUGAUUUUGGUUCUGGUGCCCUGCUCCAUGAUGAACCCUACACUGACUUUGAUGGGACAAGGGUGUACAGUCCCCCAGAGUGGAUCUCUCGACACCAGUACCAUGCACUCCCAGCCACUGUCUGGUCACUGGGUAUCCUCCUCUAUGACAUGGUGUGUGGGGACAUUCCCUUCGAGAGGGACCAGGAGAUUCUGGAAGCUGAGCUCCACUUCCCUGCUCAUGUCUCCCCAGACUGCUGUGCCCUAAUCCGCCGGUGCCUGGCCCCCAAACCUUCUUCCCGACCCUCACUGGAAGAGAUCCUGCUGGACCCCUGGAUGCAAACACCAGCCGAGGAUGCACCCCUCAACCCCCCCAAAGGAGGCCCCGCCCCUUUGGCCUGGUCCUUGCUACCCUAAGCCUGGCCUGGUCUGGCCCCCAGUGGUCGGAAGAGCCAUCCCAUGGCCAUGUCACAGGGAUAGACGGACAUUUGUUGACUUGGUUUUACAGGUCAUUACCGGUUAUUAAAGUCCAGUAUUACUAAGGUAAGGGAUUGAGGAUCAGGGGUUAGAAGACAUAAACCAAGUCUGCCCAGUUCCCUUCCCAAUCCUACAAAGGAGCCUUCCUCCCAGAACCUGUGGUCCCUGAUUCUGGAGGGGGAAGUUCUUGCUUCUCAUUUUGCUAAGGAAGUUUAUUUCAGUGAAGUUGUUCCCAUUCUGAGCCCCAGGACUCUUAUUCUGAUGACGUGUCACCCCCACAUUGGCACCUCCUACUACCACCACACAAACUUAGUUCAUAUGCUCUUACUUGGGCAAGGGUGCUUUCCUUCCAAUACCCCAAUUGCUUUUAUUUUAGUAAAGGGACCCUUUCCCCUAGCCUAGGGUCCCAUAUUGGGUCAAGCUGCUUACCUGCCUCAGCCCAGGAGUCCUUAUUCUGGGGGAGGUAAUGCCCUGCUGUUACCCAAGGCUUUUUUUUUUUUUUCCUUUUUUUUUUUUUGGGUGAGGGGACCCUACUCUUAUCCCAAGUGCUCUUAUUCUGGUGAGAAGAACCUUACUUCCAUAAUUUGGGAAGGAAUGGAAGAUGGACACCACCGGACGCCACCAGACACUAGGAUGGGAUGGAUGGUUUUUUGGGGGAUGGGCUAGGGGAAAUAAGGCUUGCUGUUUGUUCUCCUGGGGCGCCCCCCUCCAACUUUUGCAGAUUCUUGCAACCUCCUCCUGAGCCGGGAUUGUCCAGUUGCUAAAAUGUAAAUAAUCACGUAUUGUGGGGAGGGGAGUUCCAAGUGUGACCUCCUCUCUUCUCCCCCUGCCUGGAUUAUUUAAAAAGCCAUGUGUGGAAACCCACUAUUUAAUAAAAGUAAUAGAAUCAGAAGCGGCUG